AUGGGCAACAAUAGCAAGGGUAAAUCCAAAGAGCGGGAUGACCGUCCAAAUCGGGUGGUCAUUGAACUAGACGACAAGGGCCGAGUAAUGGACACACAAUUCGAUCCGUAUGAUUCCAGAUAUAUAGAAAGACUUCUAGCAGAAAAUAGAGCCCGUUAUUAUUCGGGAGAUGCCCAAGCUAGCUCAGCUCCGCGGCGCAGUCGAGACCCUGGUCCAUACGGCAGUAGCCAAACGGCAUACAACACAAGCCUCCAACGACCUGAAGCCGAAGUAUCCCCUGAGAGACGUGACCUUCACGAUCGAGUAACGGAAUGGAUGCAAACACCAAGCUUUCCUACUUCGGCUACUCCUAUGGGGCAGCAGCAGCAGUAUGCGUCUUCCUCGAGUGCCACCUCUGGGUAUGUCGCAGGAUACAGUACCACAGCGGCGUGGCCUACAGACCCAAACACGGUGGCCCCAAGCGAUAUAGCGAGCUACUACAACAGAAGCGGCUACCCGAGCAGAGCAUCCAGCCCCCCGUACAAUCCUUCGGACGCCACGAGCCACUAUGGGCGUACGGGUCUCGAUCCUUCCGCGAGUGAGAGACGGACGCAAAGGGACCGUCAGAAUCAGGUGCUCCUGUACGAAGACCCAAGACAGAGCCGUAGGGAGCAAGAAAGAGACAGGAAAAAGGAUAGGCGGCGUGGAAAGGAAAGAGCCCAUUGA